AUGGGUCAUGCCCUGACAAAAGCCCUCCAGGACACUAUGAUCCGCUGGCAGCGGAUGAAGGGAAAAACUGUGCUGUACCUCCCUGGAUACGACCAUGCUGGUAUUUCCACUCAGAGCGUUGUUGAGAAGAUCCUAUGGAAGACGGAGAAGAAAUCCAGACACGAUAUUGGGCGGGAAGCAAUGGUGGGCAAGAUCUGGGAGUGGACUCACAAGUACCACGACAGCAUUACUGCCUCCCUCCGAAGGUUGGGCGGUUCAUUUGACUGGUCCAGGGAAGCCUUCACCAUGGAUGAGAACCUCUCUGCGGCUGUCACAGAGACUUUCGUCCGCCUACACGAGGAGGGUACUAUCUAUCGUGGAAACCGCCUCGUGAACUGGUGUGUUGCCUUGAACACCUCGCUAUCAAACCUUGAGGUCGAAAAUCGUGAUCUCGAAGGUCGUACUUUGCUAGAUGUCCCUGGAUAUUCCAGAAAGGUUGAAUUUGGUGUUUUGACUCACUUCCUGUAUGAGAUCGAUGGCACGGACGAAAAGAUUCAGGUUGCAACCACUCGACCGGAGACAAUGCUUGGUGAUACUGGUGUUGCUGUCCACCCUGACGAUAAGAGAUACCAGAAGUUCAUUGGAAUGAAAGUUAAGCACCCCUUUGUGGACCGAUUGCUACCAAUCUUUGCAGAUGAGAAAGUCGACCCCGAAUUCGGUACCGGUGCUGUCAAAAUUACACCAGCACACGACUUCAACGAUUACAUUCGUGGAAAGGAGAAUAACCUUGAGUUCAUUUCCAUCAUGAACGACGAUGGUACUUUCAACGAAAACGCCGGCCCCUUCGCCGGAGUGAAACGUUUCGAUGCCCGUUACCAGGUCAUUGAGAAGCUAAAGGAGAAGGGCCUUUAUGUGAAAUGGGAGAACAACCCCAUGAAAGUACCACAGUGUGCUAAGUCUGGCGAUGUUAUCGAGCCCAUCAUGAAACCACAAUGGUGGAUGAACAUGACUGAGCUUGUUAAGCCUGCUAUCAAGGCCGUUGAAGACGGAGAGAUUAUCAUCCGCCCUGAGAGUGCCGAGAAGAGUUACUAUCGGUGGAUGAACAACAUCAAUGACUGGUGUUUGUCAAGACAGCUCUGGUGGGGUCACCAAGCACCCGCUUACUUCGUUGAUAUUGAAGGCGAGAAAGGCGAUGAUGCUGAUGGUAACCUCUGGGUAACUGGUCGUACUGAGGAGGAAGCAAGAGCUAAAGCAGAGAAGAAAUUCCCUGGGAAGAAAUUUGUUCUGAAAAGGGAUCCCGACGUCCUGGAUACAUGGUUCUCCUCUGGUCAAUGGCCGUAUUCUACCCUUGGAUGGCCAAAGAAGACCCAUGACCUUGAGAAUCUUUACCCCGUAUCUAUCUUGGAAACUGGAUGGGACAUUCUCUUCUUCUGGGUCGCUCGAAUGAUUAUGCUCGGAAUCAAGAUGACUGGACAGGUUCCAUUCAAGGAAGUGUACUGCCACUCCCUCAUCCGAGAUUCCGAAGGUCGAAAGAUGUCCAAGUCACUGGGUAAUGUGGUCGACCCCAUCGAUGUCAUGAACGGUAUCUCUCUUCAAAAGCUGCAUGAUAAGCUGCUAGAAGGCAAUCUUGCGGAGAAGGAGGUCGCCAUUGCAACCAAAUUCCAGAAGAAGGCUUUCCCCAAGGGUAUUCCAGAGUGCGGUGCUGAUGCCCUUCGAUUCUCGCUGCUUGCAUAUAGCACUGGUGGCGGCGAUAUCAACUUCGAUAUUCAGGUGAUUCACGGUUACAGAAGGUUCUGCAACAAGAUCUACCAGGCCACCAAGUUCGUCCUUGGUAAACUAGGGGAUGACUUCAGACCCCAGGCCACUCCCAGCAAGACUGGCAAGGAGUCCCUCUCUGAACGAUGGAUAUUGCACAAGUUCAACCAGGCAGCAAAGGUCACCAACGAAGCCCUGGAAAACCGCGAGUUUUCCGUUGCCGCCAACACAAUCUACCAGUAUUGGUAUAGUCAACUGUGUGAUGUAUUCAUCGAAAACUCAAAGUCGCUGUUGCAACCAGAUGCAGACCCAGCCGUCCAGCAAUCUGCCAAGGAGACCCUCUAUACCGCUCUGGAGGGUGCUUUGACUCUCAUCCACCCAGUCAUGCCUUUCGUGACCGAAGAGCUAUGGCAGCGUCUCCCAAGACGUCCUGGUGACAAAACCAUUUCUAUCAUGAAGGCUGCCUACCCAGAGUACAAUGCUUCGUUCAAUGACCCUGCCGCCGAGACCGCCUAUGAACUGAUCCUCAGCACAUCCAAGGCUAUCCGAAGUAUCCUCGCUGAAUACGACGUCAAGACCAAGGGAGACAUUCUCAUACAGGCAUACGACGCUACCAGCCACAAGUCCAUUUCAGAAGAAGCGAUCAGCAUCAAAUCCCUGAGUGGCAAAAACAUCGGCGAGCUGACUGUGCUUGAUGCCGACAACCGAACCCCUCCACCGGGCUGUGUUGUUUCGCCCGUUGGCGCCCAAGCAGCUGUGUAUCUUCAGGUGUCGGAUGAGGUCAGGCUAGAGCAGGAGGAAAAAGCCAAGGCUAGUCUCUUGAAGCUACAGGAAACUAUCAAGAAGCAGCAAGCCAUCAUUAAUGCCCCUCAGUGGAAAGAAAAGGCCAAGCCUGAGGUUAGAGAACUUGAAGAGAAGAAGCUUGUGGAUGCUCAGGGAGAGGCUGCUCGUCUUGAAGAACAAAUCCGUGAGUUGGAGAAACUCAAGAUAUAA